GAGUCACGUUAUUUGUAGCCCUUUGGUUAUUAUUUUUUAAUCCUGACCCAGACGAACCAGAGAGGUCGACUGAUCACCAAUCAUGACGCUUCGAGUUUGUAAAAUGCAGGAGGUCACCACAUACCGGCCACACGACGGUGCAGCACGAAUCUUCUUUUUGUUGACUGUGAUUGUUCUAAUCUUUGUGCUGUGUUUCGAGUUUCAGAAGAAAGAAAACCUCACCAUCAUCCCUUCAAGAGCGGUGCCAAAGAAACCGCAUGGUUUCUGGACUUUCCAGCCACUGUCCCCUAAAGAGGACCUUGAAAAAAAACUCCUACUGGAAUCCAUUGCUUGGCCAGAAACUCCACCUUGGCAGACUCCUCUUUCCCUGAACGAAACCAGUUGCCCGGCUAACAGCACCUUCACCAUUCUUCCACAGAGGGGAGAUGGACAGUGGCAUGUAGGGGACAAGCUGAAGGUGCUGAUCAAAAUGUAUGACUUCCAAGGCCGUCCUAAGAAGUCUGGAGGAGAGGUCUUAUUGGCUCGGGUGCACAACUUGACUCUUGGUGCAGGUGUGGUUGGGAAAGUGGAGGAUCAUCUCAAUGGCACCUACUCUGCUGUUUUCUCUUUGCUCUGGGAAGGAAGUGCUUGGGUUGAGGUGACACUGGUUCACCCCAGUGAGGCCAUCACGGUGCUACGCAGGUUGAACAGUGAACAGCCUGACAGAGUUGACUUCCAAAGCCUCUUCCGCUCACGCUCUGUCUCUGAAACUACCAUCUGUAACGUAUUCCUGCGUUCGACCGAGCAGCCGCUGUGCAACUACACUGACCUCCAUACAGGUGAUCCUUGGUUCUGCUUCAAGCCAAAGAAUCUGAACUGUGAUACCAGGAUCAACCACUCCAAGAGAGGAUUCAAACAAAUCCUCAAGGCCAACGAGGAAAAACUCUUUCAGCUCGGUGUCAACAUGAAAGUCUCAAUUCCAGCUUCAGGACCUGCUAGUGUCACUGUGUUGCCAAGACAGAAAGGUCAAGCAGCAGUGAACAGCAGCAAUGUGGAGUCUGGACCCUCUGGCUAUUACUACCAGGGUGCAUGGCAAACACUAAGUGGCACCAAAGUUCAGCAGUUCAACACCCCCUCAGCCAUCACUCAGUGUCUGAAAGGCAAAGUGGUCCACCUGUACGGAGACUCCACCAUCAGGCAGUGGUUUGAGUACUUCAGUGGAGCACUACCAGAUCUCAAGGAGUUUGACCUGCACAGCCAGAAGCAAAAUGGACCUUUCAUGGCCAUGGACUUUGCAAACAACAUCUUGGUGACGUUCCGCUGCCAUGGUCCUCCUAUCCGUUUUCGCGAUGUCCCAAUCAGCGAGUUGCGCUACAUUGCCAAUGAACUAGACAAUGUAAUCGGAGGCACCAACACUGUCGUGAUCUUUGGCAUCUGGUCGCACUUCAGCACUUUCCCAGUGGAGGUCUACAUCCAGCGGUUGCAGAGCAUCCGCAGGGCAGUGAUACGCCUGCUGAACAGAUCUCCAGGUACAGUGGUCAUCAUCCGGACAGCAAACCCCAAAGCUUUGACGCUCUAUGAGACUCUGACCAACAGUGACUGGUACUCACUGCAGAAUGACAAAAUACUCAGGGUCAUAUUUAAAGGAUUGAAUGUUCAUCUGUUGGAUGCCUGGGAGAUGGUCCUGGCCCACCACUUACCUCACAACCUCCACCCACAACCUCCCAUUAUUAAGAAUAUGAUCAAUGUUCUCUUGUCCUACACAUGCCCUCUAAAGGGAGGCUAGAUUUUGUCUUUGCCUUUUGCCCUCCGCUCGGUGGCUCCUGCGGGGGGCUGUGUGGACCUCCUUGGACUGGAGGAGACAGUUCCCUCCUUUUGGUGGAUGUUUUCAUGCAUGCCAGACCCACCACACCGGCACUUAUCAAAACUCACUAGAGUCUGUUCCUCCGGUCGCUGAGUCAGUGGAGGUUGCUGGGUGAGUAUCUGUGGAUCUCACUCUGCUUCUUCUAUCCUUCCUGUGGUCUCCUGACAUCUUCAUGAUUGAUCCUGUUGGGAUUCUGUCGUAUCUGGUGUUUGUGAAGGGUUUCAGAUUUGUAACUGGUUUCAAGAGGUGAAUUAAAGAGCACAAAUAAAUAGAAUCCUUUUCUCUCAGAACACGGUCUAUGCCUCACUUUUCUGUCUGUCCUGUGUUUGUUUUAUGUUUCACUUGGGUGUGCACAGCCCUCAAUGGCAUAAUAUAGGAAACAGCUUGAAAUAA